AUGGGAAAUACCAACAAUAAUUCAGAACCACAACCCCAUGGCAGACCCCGAAAGUCGACAUUUUCUAAGAUAGGAAAGAUUCUAGGAGUUGUGCACGACAAUGACAAGGACAAUUCAACAGCGGCUGUUAAAGAUUCCAAGGAAACGACACCAGUGGAAAGAAUUAGUCCCAAGUUCACUAGAGCUAGUUCGAUAUCUUCAAAUAGUGGUUCUUCCAGGUCUGAAAGCAGACACACUACGCCCACAGCAUCACCUUCAGUGACUCCAGUGCUCAGGGGAACUCUACCUUCCAGGCAAUCUUCUUUAAGAUUGCCAAAGGAUUCAAGUAUCAACAAGAGCGUAUCACAUUUACAGCUAUCAGCAUUGGGAAAUGAACCCAACGGUAAUGGCCAUGACAUUAAACAAUCUCCUUUGUUACCAAGGUUUAAGAUGUUAGAAGGCGGGAAUCAUGAACAUCAUCUCAGAAGUUCCAAGCGGCAGGAGAAACUGAGUAGCAUGUUAAAAGGUUUACUGGGCGCAAAAAAACUUCGAAAUGAGUCUAUAUCCGCAGUUCCAAAUAUCCUCCAGUCGGUUGUUCCUGAGAUAAAUCAAUUGACGAAUACUGAUGGCAAGCCGCCAACUUUACUCUCUGGAUUAUUAAACCAGGUUCAAAAAGGCGAAAUCACCGCGUUCUCUUCCCAUGGCCAGCUUAACCAACCUAUCACAGCAAAAUCAGUUCACAUUUUAGAACAGGCUGAUAGCAAGUCAUUUGUGGAGAAGUAUGGAACCUGCCAGGAAGUUGUAGGAAGAGGAACAUUUGGAGUAGUUCGUGUUUCUCAUAAGAAACUCAAUGGCGAAAAGAAGGAGAGGUUACACGCGGUCAAGGAGUUUAAACGCAAACCUCAAGAGAGUGACUCAAAAUAUUCAAAAAGACUUACCUCGGAAUUCUGCAUAGCAUCGUCGUUACAGCAUAUUAACAUUAUUCACACCCUGGAUCUACUGCAGGAUGCCAAAGGCGAUUACUGCGAAGUCAUGGAGUACUGCUCUGGAGGUGAUUUGUACAGUUUGAUCAUUACAGCUGGAAAAUUGGAGUAUCUAGAAGCAGAUUGUUUUUUCAAACAGCUCAUCAGAGGUAUGGAGUAUAUGCAUCAGAUGGGUGUAGCUCACAGAGACCUCAAACCGGAAAAUCUACUUAUUACUUCGGAAGGAAACUUAAAAAUUACCGAUUUUGGAAAUGCCGAAUGUUUCCGCAUGGCCUGGGAAGAUGAAAUCCAACUAAGCAGUGGUGUCUGUGGAUCAUCUCCGUAUAUUGCACCCGAAGAAUUUGUCGAAGAGGAAUUUGACCCAAGACCAGUAGAUGUUUGGGCAUGUGGUCUAAUUUACAUGGCAAUGAGGACGGGGAGACAAAUGUGGAAGAUUGCUAACUCAGAUGAUGAAUUCUAUGCUACAUAUGUCGAGAAGCGUAAGGAGACCAAAGGCUAUGAGCCGUUGGAAUUGAUCAAACGUGCCCGAUGUAGAAACGUGAUCUAUUCAAUUCUUGACCCUGUUGCCUCACGACGAAUAACAGGUGCUCAAGUUUUGAAUAGUGAAUGGGUAAGGGAAAUCAAAGUCUGUGACGCCGGCGAACAUGGAGGAGAAGUUUUGGGAUAG